UCUUUCUAAUUUCUGUUUGCUUAAAACCUCUGCACCCCCGGCACCCGGCCCCCGGCCCCAAUAUCUUCCUUCUUCUUCUUCUUCUUCCUCCUCCUCCUAUUCCCCUUCAUCAUCACCCUCAGAAGAAGAAACCCUCGCUCCUUUAGUCCUAUCUCAUACUUUCACACACUCAUUCUCCAUCAUUUGUUGUUCCUUUUUGUUUUUGGUGGUGGUGGAGGUGGCGUUAUGGGUAGAUCUCCCUGCUGUGAGAAGGAACACACCAACAAAGGUGCAUGGACCAAGGAGGAGGACCAGCGCCUUAUGGCCUAUAUCAAGACUCAUGGUGAAGGCUGUUGGAGGUCUCUCCCCAAAGCUGCCGGGCUGCUGAGAUGUGGGAAGAGUUGCAGGCUUAGAUGGAUAAACUAUCUCAGGCCUGAUCUGAAGAGAGGGAACUUCACUGACGAAGAAGAUGAGCUCAUCAUCAACCUCCACAGCUUCUUUGGAAACAAAUGGUCUCUCAUUGCGGGGAGAUUACCGGGAAGAACUGAUAAUGAGAUCAAGAACUACUGGAACACCCACAUCAAGAGGAAGCUCUACAGCCGGGGAAUCGACCCCCAAACUCACCGCCCCCUCAGCGCCGCCGCCUCCACUGCGGCCACUUCCGCCACCAUUAACAACAGCAAAAGAAGCAACAGCACUAGCAAGAACACGAGCAAUUCUGAAUCAGAAGCUGCCAAAACUCCUCCAGUGCAGCCUCUGAACACUAGAAAUGUCAAUGGCAACAUCAAAGCCGAUUCGGCGGAAGAGUACUCAAACAGCAGCAGUGGUGUCACCACUGAAGAACUCUACCCACAACUCAACCUUGAGCUCUCCAUAGGCCUUCCUCAUCGCCCUCAGAUUCAAGCUACAAAUGAAAAGGAACCAAAGAAACAACCGCAAGAGCAGCUUCCUUUUCAGUUCUUUGGGGCUUCAUCAGCCUCAAUCAAAAACCAUCAAUCUUCAUGUUUCUGUCAAAAUCUAGGGUAUCAGAACAAAACCCAAGAAUGUAACUGCAAAUCAGUGACAAGGAUGAUCCCUGCAGAUGAUCUCUACAGAUAUUACACGGCCUUGGAUUCAUGAAAAAAGCUUAGGAAAGUGCCUUUUGCUCACAUGUAAUAUCUCCAUUUUGUUUGUUUGUUUGGAUGGAGGCAAAGAAAUUAAACCAGACCCCAAUAGUUGUAACAUUCCAAAAUUUUCUUUUUCUUUUUCCUUUUACUUUCUCUCUGUCUUUCUUGGCAA